AUAAAUGAAUCAUAGAUAUGUACAUAUGUAAACACUGCUACACAGUAUUUGGAAAGCAAUAAAUGCUUUUCUUAAAAUAAAAGAUAUUAACAGUUUCUCUAUUGUUUCCCAAUGUAUACAAACUUGGUAUCGUUUGUACAUUCGUUGGACACUCAAUACUCAAUUAUUUUACUCUGCUCUUCUUUCUUGUAUUAUUCACUCUACUUUGAUCUAUUUUGUAUUACUUUUAAUUACGUUUAUUCCGUACGACUCUGAUCUACUCUGUACUACACUGAUCUCUACUUUGUACCCACCGCACUCACGCUUAGUUCUUUAUAUUGCUUAUCAUUUCUUUUUUUCGCUCGCUCAUUAUCGCUUUCUUUCAUUCAUAUAUAUCUUUUAGGACGCGGGCCUACGAACUGCGUCCAGACAAAGCACAUUCAGAUAAGGGUCCUAGACGUCGCAUAAUCUCCGCAUGUGCAUAAACAUUCAUCUCUAUCACUCAUAUACAACACAUUCGCUUACAUAUCUCUCAUAUCACUUACACUCCAAAGCUACGCCUCUAUCUUACAAACUUCAUUUUCAGCACUCCUUCGAUACUUACACAUACAUGAAUAUUUUCCUAAUCCUACAUACAUAUGUGUAUGUAUAAUAUAUAUUUACUUUUUCUAAGUUGAAAGUGCUAUAUUCAAUCUCGUCGUUUAAACAUUAGAGACGACAACAAAACUCUUUUAACAUGACAUCUGAAAAUAACUGUACGAUAACGAUUACAAAAAUAUGUUGGGACCAUAUCUAAAAAAUGCUAUCUUAUCAUGAUUUCCGGACUUAAUUGAUGACGUAAAUGAAAAAAGAAAAGUUAUAAAAGAAAACAAUGAGCUUAUAGUUAAUAAUGUAAUCGAAGCACUCUCUUUUUGUCUUUCACAGAUGAAGCUUCGAAUAGAAUACCUGAUAUUUCAAAAAUUCAUGUUUUUCUUCAUAACUUAUAUAAUCAUAAAAUUGUUAUUUUAUGACAAAGUCACCCUGUUUUAGUAUGAAUUCAAUAUGACAUGACGGAAAUAUACAAGAAAUAUAAAACUUUUUAAUACCUUGCUGUUUUUCGAAUGAACAAAGAUACUCAGGUGUAUCACGUAUGAUUCGCGUACGAAACAAGGAUAAUACCAAUAAUAAUCAUAUUGUAAGAUUUAUUAUUGAAUCGUGAUCAUCGUUACAAUAUUGUGAAAAAUAAUUUUUGUUAAAAGUAUAGGGGUAGAUUAGGUGACGAAAGGUAAAUUUAUCACUAGAUAAGCAAGAAAAAAAAAAAAAAAAGAAGAAGAAAAGAUUCCCAUAGGCUUUACAAUUUCCAAGAUUUUCAACAUUUUCUAAUAUAUUGUUUCGUUUUCUAACAUCAAUGACAUUAAUCAAAGUGUUAAUCGUUCUAACGACGAGUCUUUCUUUUUCUCUUUUCAAUGAUUCACACAAUAACUUUCUUCUGAUGACUCACAUUCGUGAUUAUCGAUCCGUCUUUUAAUAUACUGCUAUGUGAUUGAUAAAAUUUAUUUAAAAUAUAUCAGAAAGCUCUUCUGUCUUCACGAUUAUGAUAUAACAGAGAUACUCUUUCUCCCUCUCUCUCUCUCUCUCUCUCUCUCUCUCUCUCUCUCUCGUUGGUAAUCUCACGAUAGAAAUAAAAGUAUUAGAUAGUUGUCAACAAUAAAGUUAUUACCUGAAAGAAACGAUCGACUCGAUACAACCUAGCAUCACGUGAAUGAACAAUCAACAAAGUUGAAACUAUUUAGCCAGAGUCGAUAUAAAUGCAAGAACGAGAUUUUCUUUUCAUGAAACAUCAAUCGUUGUUCAGUUGACGUCUCGCAUCACAGGGCAUUUUCAAUCCUUUGCGGAGAGAUUCGUCCGACAAGCGAGGGUCGCUAUGGACAAGAGUUGAUUUGAUCGCGCGCAGUUGAUAAAAUAUAGACGUUGAACGUUUACCUUAAUAAAAACUAAAACUCGUGUAUGGGAUGUUAUAACGUAUAAAAUAUAUAAAAGGCUUGCUGGUUCGUCUGAUAGACUGAGAUAGAUUGAGAUAUAUUAAAAGUUAAAAUCCCGAUAUAAUAACGAUGCAAUCAGUUAUCCGCAUUUACAACACUUAAAAUUUCAAUAGCAUUUGUAAAAGGUUCGGACCUUUCCAACAUCAAUUACUUACAGAUUACGUUAUCGAAUUUACAAGUACUUAUUAUAAAAUUCGGAAACAACUUAUUACAUAUAAAAUGAUUAUAUUGUAAGUAGAUGGAACUUUAUUGCUUUUGAAUAGUAAUCGAAUAGUAAUGAAAUGAAACUUCGUUAUUGAAAUUAAAUUCGUCAUACCUCGAAAACUUUUGCGUACCAAGAUUUUCAAUAAAAUUGAAAAAUCCCUUUAUAUAUUGGCUACGUUUUUGGGUAUCUGGUAACACUGUGCGUCGUUUCUAUUUAAUGGAGUACGUCGAGUACAAAAAUAGUCUCUUGCAAAAUCGACGAUGGCUACUUGCGUGCUAGUCACUCGCUUCGAGUAAGAGCGUAACGAUCACUUUUUAUUCACAUUCCAAGUAGUUUUUACUUGCGAGUUACGAUCCAUACGAGUAUAAAUUAUUUUGAGAAAAUGUCGCACGGAUUAAUAAAUUCGUGAUAUUACUUUGUACAAAAUUCUACGUUCAUCAAGAAACAACGUGGAUUUUCUAAAUAAUAUUGACGGCAAAAUAUUGACGUUCUAUAAUAUCACAUGAUAAGAGUUAAAUUCGUUUCGUUAAACUUGAAUAACUGUAUUAAUGUAAAUGCCAGUGACAUUCUAAUUGUUAACUUUAAGAAAGAUGAAAUCAAAUAAGAUUUUAAUCAUUAUCUUAAAUGAUUAAGCGGAGACAUUAUCGAAAAUUGGAGAGCUAGAGAGGAGGUGAUGGGAUAAGAGGGGAGAAAGAAAAUACAAGAGCUGCGAUUUUAAAAUCCGUUGCUUACUCUCGACGAUCGCGUGAUUUUAUUGAACGGGAAUUUCUCUCUAACGUCUUCGAUAAACGUUAUCACGUGCUACUGCACGAUAUAAUUAUAUAAACGCACGCAGUGUCGCGAGAUCGCUUUAUAAUAGAGCCGAUCUAGUCUUUCGACUUUGACUGGAUGUUUCGAUGAACGUCGGAGUUAGUGAAAAAAGACAAGGGGAGACGACUUCGUCGACACAUUUCUGUAGUUUUGUUUAUAGCCUCUUUUCUUAUCUCCUCGUGAUAUUUUAAUCAUUUGACAUUGAAUAUAUUCUCUUGUAGCGAAUUCUCUUCAUUAAGAAAUAAUUUUUUAUUGAGGCUACGGUGAGAAAUAUUCAAGUUUUCAAAUGUCGUUGAUUAGCGAGGAACACGGAGUUAAGGAUAUCUUGUUUCGUCCUCCUCCUUCUUCUCCUCCUCCUCCUCCUCCUCGUCAUCAUCAUCAUCAUCAUCGUCAUCUGACAAAGUUCAAAGUAGAUAUCCGGCAAACCGAUGAAAUCGUUGUGCAAGAUGCUCUCAACGAGACAGGAUUUGGAAGGUUCAAUUUCAAAGUAUUGGCCGUCUCUGCUCUUAUUUGUAUGAACGCUGCCUUUGGCAUGAUGAGUAUAGGAUUCAUUUUACCAGCGGCAGCGUGCGAUUUUAAGAUGACAACGGAAGACAAAGGUCACCUAAUUGUAUUGACCAUGCUAGGUAUGUUGACGGGUUCUUAUUUCUGGGGCUGCCUUGCUGAUACCAAAGGACGAAGAAUUUCUCUCCUGGCAUCCCUCUUCCUUCACGGUAGUUCCGAAUUUUUAGCAUCACUGAUACCAUAUUAUUGGGGCUUCGUGUUAGUCAAAUUUAUCAGCGGUCUGGCUAUAUGUGGACAGUUAACGAUGCUCUAUACGUAUCUUGCCGAAUUUCAACCAAUUAAGAAGCGUGAUUUGUUUCUCUCAUGGAUGGAAACGGCAUGGGUAAUGGGAAUGGUGAUCGUAGCGUGCGUAGCUUGGGCUAUAGUCCCGUUGGAUAUAAAAUAUAAGACUAACACAUUUUCCUUUCGCUCGUGGAACUUGUUCAUCAUGAUCUGUUCUUUGCCAUCUUUUACAAUUGGAAUCUGGUUAUCAUCUUUCCCAGAAACUCCAAAGUAUCUUGCUGAGACUGGACAAAAUAAUAAGAUGUUGAAGGUUUUAGCUAAAAUGUAUUCGGAGAAUACGGGGAAUCCUUUGGAAAAAUAUUUGACGAAUUUGAAAAAUUGUGGAAACCAGUUGCUUUCAGAACUGGCCUUUUGUUUAGAAGGAAAGAUAAACGAGAAAGAAGAGACGAUCAAAACAAAGUCAUUGAAGAUUACCAUAACGAAUACAUUUUUGCAAACGUUGAUGCUUGUAAGAAAGCCAUAUUUGCAUAAGACGUUCAUCGUAUGUUCCGCCACAUAUUUGAUUAUGACUUCUUACUACAUGUUGCUUCUCUGGUUGCCUGAUCUUUUCCAAAGAUACGCCGAAUUUCAUGAACGUUUUCCUAAUCGAUCGGCCACGGUAUGCACCGUUGUCGCAUUUGAAAAGAACAACGAAACGGUAACGAAUAUGGAUCCCUUCGGUUGCAAUACACCGAUACAGAGCAGCGUCUUCUUAUACGCAUUUAUUUUAGCAUUAUCAGGAGUUCCUGUUGGUCUUACGUUACCUCUCUUAAUAAAUCGUUUAGGAUAUAAAUUCUUUUUAGUUGUCGGUACGAUAAUAGCCAGUUUUGUAUCGUUUUGUAUUUUACUUGUUAAAACAUCUGUUGAAAAUUUAAUCAUCUCGUGUAUCUUCGAAUCCAUUACAUCAAUUUGUGUCAGCGUUGUCUCCUGUAUGUUGAUCGACUUCUAUCCAACUCACUUAAGAUCAAUAGCAGCCGGUCUCGCUUCAUUUUCCAGUCGGCUAGGCGCAAUGAUGGGAAACUUGAUGACCGGAAUAUUGAUCGAUAAUCAUUGCACGAUCCUCAUCAUAUUGGUAGGGUUACAACUUUUUGUGUGUGGUAUACUCAGCUUGCUUACACCGAAAAAGAAAGAAAUGGAAAAAGCAAAGAUAACCAAAUUCUAAAGAUAUUUGGAUAUUUUCUACAAUAAGCUACUUAGAGAUAUUCUCGAAGAGCGAAAAAAGAAGAAAUAAAAACAAAGAAGUUGGAUAUGUUUCCCCAUCAUUUUCCCUUUUUUCGUGUUUUCACUAUGUUGUUCUUUGAAACGUGAUUAAAAUACUAUUUAUCAUGGAA